GUCGCUGAUGCAGGUUAUCACCUUAGGUGGGCUGAUAUCCGUCAACCUGAGAUCGCCUCGAAAAUUACCACCAUAGUUGGCCGACCGAUGCCCGUAAUCAAGGUAUAUCGUUGCGAACGCGUGUGACUUACGUUGCGUGCGUUCCAGUGUGCAUAGUGCGUGUAGUGUGUGCGCGGCGCGCGAGUUUAUAGUGAGUUUCGCCGGCGGCGAGGACGCUAUUCGACGGCAGCACCCACAGAAGCAACAGAAUGUCGGGAUACCGCCGGGUCAACUAUUACGAGCUUUGCCGGCUGUGCACCAGCACUGAAGGCAGUAAAAUGAACAUCUUCCUCGAAGAAGGACGCCGAAGGCAAUUGCAGAACAAGAUCCAAACCUACCUUCCGGUGCAGGUUGUGGAGGAAGACUCGUUGCCAAAAAUUGUUUGCAUGGAGUGUGUGAAGAAGCUAGAAAGUUACAUUGAAUUUAGAGACACAGUGGUCCAAGCAGAGAGUAUGCUAGAAUCUUAUUUUACCUCCUUAAGAUUUUCAGAAGACUUUCUGAAAGAGGGCAAAGUUUAUGUAAAAAGUACAAUAAAAGAGGAGAAACCACCAAUAAGCACUGAGGAACCACGUCAAGAAGAAGAUCCCUUAGGAGUCGUAGAGAAAAUAGUAGUACCUACAACUAUUGUACCUACUACCACCAGUACUCAAAUCAUCAAUGAUCAGACACAAGCUCAUCCUCAGCAAGUUCUUGUUAGUAACAUCAAUGCUUCAAACCUGCAAAUUAUUAGUGGAGUACAAGCUCGGGUCCAACAAUAUAAAUGUGCAAUGCAGAUGCAAUCGGGAAACGUAGCUGCUGCAGUAGUGGAAGCCACAGCCGAAACUCAUUACAGCUACCAGCAACAAACGUCACAACAGAUGCAACCUCAACAGAAUCAAACUCAAAAUCAAAUAGUGGAGCAACAGCAGCAGCCACAGCCUCAACCCACUCAGAUUCAAGUGCAAAACCAAAUACAGAGCCAAAAUCAAAUAAUCCAGCAACAGGUACAAACGCUGAGACAGCUAUCUCAGCAGCCAUCCAAUCAAGCUAGUCAACAAGUCAGCCAACAGCAGCAGCAACAGCAACAGAGUCACGUGAACACAGUCAAUGUAAAUCAACAGGAGCAACAAAAUGCAACUCAACAACAUAUCACACAACAAAUUCAGCAGCAAUUGCAGAGACAACACCGUGAACAGUUUGAAAAGCAAAGACAUAUACAUCACAUAGAGAAACAGCAACAGCAUCAUCAUCACCAGCAUCAGCAGCAACAGCACCAGCAGCAGCAGCAGCAGCAGCAGCAGCAGCAACAGCAGCAGCAGCAGCAGCAGCAGCAGCAGCAGCAGCAGCAACAGCAGCAGCAGCAGCAGCAACAACAACAACAACAACAGCAGCAGCAUCAGCAGCAGCAGCAGCAACAACAACAGCAGCAGCAACAGCAACAGCAUAUUCACGUGACGACUGCUCAAGAACAGCAACAACAGGUGGAAGUCCAUCGUAGCAACAUUAUCUUAAAGACUGAAGACGUCAACGAAAGUUUGCAAGUAGCAGCUGUGGAACAACAAAAGAACGAGGCUGUAAUUGUAAAUCACCAAAAUCAACAAACAUUCACUACGGUACAAGCGACACCAGAAGUGUUCUUGAGCCUAGGCUUCAAAGAUUCGUUGACGUCACAAGUGUCUCGCGACGAGGCCAAGGAGCUCAAAGACUUUGUGAAGAAUAACGCUGCUACUGUUGUAGCCGAAGACGCAAUGACACGUACUUCCAUCAGCCAUAUAUCUGAGUUUUUACGAAUCCGAUCAGGAUCUGAUCAACAAACCCCUCUUGUCACCGUCAAUCCUCAGGCGAUUUCGCAGCAAACUCCACAAAGACAAAUAGCCUGUCGCGAAUGUGGCAAGACUUUCAAUUCGAUCAAUCAGAUGAACAGCCAUGAUUGCACGGCAAAUUUGUUGAACGAGCAGGUGAGAGAAAUGACGGGUAGCAAUAUCAAAGAAGAAAAUAUCCAGCAAAUAAGCAAUAACGUACAAGGCAACCCAUUCAGCUGCGAUGUGUGCAAUAAGCCGUUCAAACGGAAAGAACAUCUUUUCCAGCAUCGCAAGCUUCACACCGGAGAACGGCCCUACGUAUGUACGACCUGUGCAAAAGCUUUCAGUCGUAAAGAGCACUUGGUUCGUCAUCUGGUAUCACACACCGGUCAAAAAAUGCACGAGUGCGAAGUGUGCGGCAAGAGUUUCUCGCGCAAAGACAACCUUCAUAAACACCGUAAGACUCACGGCAUGUCAGGACCAUAUAUUUGCGAGACUUGCGGUAAGUCAUUUGUCGUCAAACAUUAUUACCUAAUGCACUUGACGACUCAUGCGCCAGCGGCCGUGGACGGACUGAAUUGUGCCCAAGACCCGUUGCCCUACAAGUGUGACAUCUGCCAUAAAGCGUUUUCUGUGAAACAGUACCUCACCACGCACAAGCUCAGGCACCGUUCCAAAACUAAUAAUGGACAGAAUAAUAGUCAGCAGCAACAGGUGCAGCAGCAGCAGCAACAACAGCAGCAGCAACAACAAGCUACAACUAGCAGCGAAUUGAGUGUAACUAGGGACAUUACCAGUGCUAGUAUGAGUAAUGGCACUCAGCAUCAAGCCACUAAUCCUUCAGUUAUUGAGAUUCAGGGUGUUGUAGACAGAGCAGAACAGCAGCAACAGCAACAGCAGCAGCAGCAGCAAGGAAACACCUUUGACAGCAGUCACUAUCAAGGGAACGUAUCACAAUUUCAAUGAGAUAAGGGGAAGCGUGUCUAUUACGUUCUUUUGCCCAACGGCAACAAUCACAAGAUCGUCGUUGUUUAAGGGGUAAAGAACUUAACGGGCACGCUUCCGAUCCGAAAUGUUACCACUGUCUACUCUGAAUCUCUACUGGUACAGUGACUUCAUUUGCUCUCAAGCUAGUUGUUUCUCCAUAUUGUUUCUCCUUUUUUUUCUAGGUUUUUAUUCUUUAUUCGUUUAAAUACAUGCACACGAAUGGUUUAGUUUGGAUCGCUAAAAAAUGUGUACGUACUAAUUUUAUUAAGCAAAUUUUGCGAGCGAGAACAAUGUGUAUUUAGAAAAGUUGCUAUCCAUGGAAUACUGUUAGAGUUUAGACGCUAGAGAUUUUGGGUAAAUCACGUUAUUAUACCAUAUUUUUUUACUUUAAUUUGAAAGGCUGUUGAAUUCUUCCAAUUGCGAUUGUUUAUUUUUUAUAUAACUUUAGGCUUAUUCUAUUUCGAUGUUUUUUAUCGACAAAAUUAUUUAUGACUGCCUGUCGCUCGGGGAAUGUAAGAUAAGAGAUGGGCGUGCAACCUAUGAGUUAUCUCAAUUAUAGCGGAAGUUUUAAAAAUAUUACUUUAGACAUGUGUGGCUAGAAAACGAAACAAAUUUUUGACAUUGAAAGGAGAAUUUUUCAACGAUCAUUCAAUAACUUCUAUGAACUCGAAAAUGUUUUCUUUGUUCAGUAUUUUUAAAUUUUUACAAUAACGGAAUGAGUAUACCUAGAUCUUUAAUUUUUCAUAUAAGUACAGAAAAUUGCAAAUAUUAAUCAAUUAGUCUGUAUUAGGCGAAAACCUAUAACUAUCUAGAGUAAUCACAGAAAAAAACACAUUUAUAAAUUGUCGAUUUUUAGUGUCUUAAGGGAAUUCUAUACAUACGAAAGAUUGAUAUAUUUUAACAAAUCUGUAUUAUACACAAGUGUUAUAAAUCAGAACGAAUUGAUGUUUCCUAGAGUGCAGAGGAAAUGUUUUACCUAAAAAAAGAAAAAAAUAAUGACAGACACAUUAAUUUAUCGAUCUGCAUGAAACUGACACUGGUAUUUCGAGUCAAGAGUUCCUCACACAAAUGAGAAUUGUACAUUUUUUACUACAGAUUUAUUAUAUAUUAUACAGAUGAAAAGUUUAAAAUGAAAGUUGUAUAAUAAAAAAUUUACAUUUCUUUUUAAGCUAGCUUUAUAAAAGAAUCUUGACUUGAAUUAUUCAGCUGUCAGUUGGUAUACUAAACAGAGAAAAAGUUUUUAGUUUGUAAAACUAAAAACUCGAGUUAUAGCUGGUGCUAUAUAUCAUGUUGUAAUAUAUUUUUCCAGUAUGCAUAAACGGAACGAUACGCUCCAAUAUAUUGCAUUUUGAACGAAGAUUACACAUGGUUUAUAUAUUUAAUCUUUGUAAACGUUAAGUAUCUUUUUUGAAUGAGUCUUAGCUGACCAUAAUUAUAAGAUUUAUUAAUUUAUUACUGAAACACGCGGUUCAGGGAGAUGCCAAACACCUGUAUACUUACGAGUUAAAAUGUAGUUUAAAAAAUUCAAUUCAAAAUCUGUAGUAAUGAAAAAAAAACUAUUUAUAAUCGUGUACCAAGUUUGAUAAAAAUAUUGUUCUUGUGUAACACAGUAUUUUGUAAAAUUUUGAAAUUAACAAUAAAAUCUACUUGUGAUUUUCAGUAAUUACCACUGUCACAACUAACAACAUUUGGUAAAAUUUUUUUCAAAGACGACAUAUUAUUUUUUGAAGCGUUUUACGUAUAAAUUCCAUCCAAAACAUUGUAAUUGCAUUGAUAAUCGCAAUAUCGAUGGAUUUGAAUCAUAAACAUAAAAGAAAUUUUUUAGUCUGUAAAUUUUGCGGGUUAAUUAGUGAAAAUCACAAGUUCUAGGACUCAAACUACUUGACUUUAAAGGAAAAAUGACAUUUUCAGCUUUCUAUAGCUUUGUCUCUCAUAUAUGUACGUGCAAGUUUGCAUUAACGCACUAAUUAACUAAGGCGAUAAAUUGACUAUUGUUGUACACGUAUUUUUUUAUUGAACUAAUUUAUAAAUUUUUCUUUUCCAAGAGACAUUGUUUGCCAUUAUGUGGCUUAGGCUAUCAAAGACUUAUACCCACAGUAUGUGUAUUUUUCGCAAGAAAAAAAUACUUUUUUCACAGUAGAAAAACCAUUAAAACCGAGGGUAUAAUAUUAUUUUUUAUGAAAUUUCAGGUAAAGUAUAUGUAGUACGAAUCUCACUGAGCAGACGUUAAAAAUGAUUAAAUGUCAUUGUAAGUAUCCAUAGAUUUUGCUAAUAUCAAAAGUGUCGCGACUUAGAAAUUGAUGUAUAUUUACGAAAUUGUUUUUUAUCGUUUAUGAGUUUUGUAUUACACUAUCAUUUACAGCAUAACAUUUUUAAUUCAGUUUUUUUUAGCUUUUCAUGAGCACUUUGAAUUUUUUUUGUAUGCAUUUCAUAAAAUAAAUCUUUAAUUUUAAGCUUAAAAAUGUAUAACUUUAUAUAAAGUCGAUUGCCAUUUUCAGCUUCAAAUAGAAAUGAAAUUUCUAAUGAAAGAAGUUGAUCGCGAUUAUUAUUUAUAAUAAGAAAGAUGAUUAUUCUAAAUGAAUAAAAAAUAGGAGCAAGCAUUAAAGUAUCGAUUUUUCAAUUGCAUUCCGCGAAAAAAUAAAGAAUGCAAAAAGACGGUAACAUGUUCCCUGCGUUAUAAAAAAUACAGAAAAAGAACAGCAAAAUAGUUUUAUUUUUAAAGAUAAUUCGUGAUUAAUGGACUCACGCAUCGCCUAUUAAAUUUCAAUAUUGCGUUGUAAAUUCUUAUACAUUUGUAGACGCGACUGAUUAAGAGAUUUAUUUUGGUUCUUAAACGGUCAUGUGUUAAAAAAAAAAUACAAAAUAAACGCGAACGAAAAUUGUCAUGAUGAACUCAUACUGCAUGUAAAAAAUUAGCUUUUCGAUAAAAAUUUCGGCCAUAAGUUAUAACUGUUUAAAAACCGAAAAAAUCUACAAAAUUAAAAUGUAAGACAUGAAAGAGUAGUAGAGUUAAAUUUGCAUAUUUGUGUAAAUUAUUGUAAGACCAAAGAUUAAAAAUAUACUGUGUAAUAUAUUGUAGUCAUUAAAUAGAGAAAU